AUAUCGAUUGCCGGAGCCGUGGGUUGAUCGUUAGAGGUGCCGUAGCCGUUGCGUCGUCCGGGCUGCGCACGCCUCUCGUGUACGGCUCCACUUCCAUUGGACGAAGCCUGCGAGCCAGAUCACACCGAUUGUGUUUUCAAAAUACAAAGCCGAGCCAGAGGCCGACUUUGUCAGUAAGAUUCACGCAGGCGAGCGGUCACGAUGAGAACGUGAUCCCAACUCUCCGAACGACACUCGCUCACUCGUCUGCGUGAUUGCCUGCAAAACACGGCGGCGUGCGAUAUACCAGCCGGGAUAUUAGAUCUUUUACUACGUGCGUGUUGCACAGAGAAUUCGCACACCAACCACCACCGUCUAGUCGGCCGGGGAGGCACACAGAUUCAACAUGUCUGACGACGUGGGCAAACAGCGCUACUCGGAUGCCUUGAUCAGCGCUGCCGAGUUCAUAAAAGACAGGCUGUACUUUGUCACAUUGGGCACGACCGUGCAUCCCAGGUCGACGGCGAAGACGCACUACUUUUCCAUCGACGAUGAGUUUGAGUACGAGAACUUUUACCAGGACUUCGGCCCACUCAACCUGGCCAUGCUCUACAGGUACUGCAUGAAGCUGAAGAAGAAACUCAAGGCUCCGUCGCUGGCAAAAAAGAAAAUCGUGCAUUACACAACGACGAACCCGAAGAAACGCGUGAAUGCCGCCUACCUAAUCGGAUCGUACGCUGUAAUGUACUUGCACUUCACACCGAGCCAAGUGGUCAAGCUGCUCUCUGGUCCGAAUUCACACGCGUUCGCAAACUUCAGGGAUGCCUCUUACGGCACGUCCAACUACCACAUCUCCCUGGACGACUGUCUGCACGCCAUCCACAAGGCGUACGUGCGCAGAAAACUGUUCGACUUUGAUGACUUCAACGUCGAGGAGUACGAGCACUUUGAGAGGGUGGAGAGUGGCGACUUGAACUGGAUUGUGCCUGAAAAGUUCCUUGCCUUUUGCGGGCCGCAUCCCAGGAGCGAAAUCGACAAUGGCUACCCGCUGCACUCUCCUGAAUCGUACUUUGAGUACUUUAAGGCACGAAACGUAUCCACGGUCGUAAGGCUGAACAAAAAGCUGUACGACAAGGCACGUUUUGUGGCCGGCGGCUUCCAGCACGUGGACCUCUUUUUCGUGGACGGCAGCACGCCCAGCGACAUCAUCAUGGAACACUUCCUCAGUGUCUGCGAGUCUGCUCCCGGAGCCAUAGCCGUUCACUGCAAAGCUGGACUUGGAAGGACUGGUUCCUUGAUUGGCUGCUACCUUAUGAAGCACUACGAGUUCACUGCCUUAGAGGCGAUUGCUUGGAUUCGAAUCUGCCGGCCUGGAUCUAUUAUUGGACACCAGCAGCUGUGGCUCCAGCAGAAGCAGACUGAAAUGUGGUACUCGCGACGGAACGCCAUCCCGACCGUCAACUACCCCUUGUACAGCAUGCGGCAGGAGAAGGUGCUGAAGUUUCUCAAGAACAAGCUUCAGCUCAACCGUAGCGUGGCUCUUGAGGCUGACGCAGCGUCUCCAGACAACGUGUCCAAGAUUCUUCAGAAGGUGGACACAAUGAAGCUGGAUGACGGGGCAAACGAGGACGAAAACCGAAAUGGCCUCAGCGACGAUCUCAAUGAAGCGGAUGCUGCUAAUCAGAACAUUUUUGAUGACGACCUCAUCCAGUUGAAGGCGACUGACCAGAGAAUGACGCAGGGAGACAAAUUAAACCAGAUCAAGGCUCUCAGGAGGCAUCCCAGGCCAGUUAGAUCAGUCACAGUUCACCCUGGAGCAGACAUGGAAGGCAACAUAAAGCCGCAUACAAGGGCGAGAUCUCAGCAGCCGCUGCGUGCAGGGAUGUUGCACAUUCAGCAGCCAGUGGUGCCCUCGCCUCUGAAGACCUCGCAGGCAGCGAGGAAGGUUUCCGAGAGACUGGCGCGCACUGCCACGACCACAGUCAAGAGGCCCAUGGUGACUAGGCUGAGGAGCAGACCAGCGACCACGACACCCUCCUGUUCUAACACCACUUUCUCUGGCCUAAACAAGAAUAUUUCGUGCAACAACAAUGGCCCACUCGAGCGUCCAACGGCCAGACCAACAGUGCGCCAGACAGCCGCCGUGGCCAGAUGACCGGGCAAUCGACUGCCCACCAUCGCGGCCACCCAUCCACCGGCCGUGAGCAAGGAGGCCAAAGAGGCCACCAACACGCGACUGGCCGUUAGUAAGGGUGCCAACAACAUUAACAUCAACAACAACAAGCGGUGUCUGAGCGCCAGCAGGGAGAGUCAAAGCUCGAAAACGCAGAGGCGGCCGUCAAGCAGCCCGCAGAGUGACAGCCGGCCGCCGACCAGGCUGCCCAGGCUAGUGGUUGACCCCAGGAAAGCAGCCAGCACCAAUGCUGACAACAUCAAUAAACUGGCGGCCAGCAAACUGCCGAGCGUUCCUGAAAACCGAACCACUACCACCGCCAUCACCAACAGAAAGAGGAAGCAGAAAAAAGACGGCAAUUAGAAAAUGCAUUUUUGUUAACAAUAUUUGGGUCCUUUCUCUCCCUCUCUUUUAUGAAUGGAUAAUUUGUCACAAAUUGUUGCUGUGUUAUGUUUUGUAAUAUUUUUUAUUUUACUUUUCUUGAGUAUAAUACAUAUAUUAUUUACACUUCUUGUGGCUUUCUUUCGUUUAUACUGUGUCUUUGAAAGAGGUAUACUGACGCCAGUCACUGCAAUGCAAGGUUUCGAUAUAUUACUGUAGGUUUAGCUCUUAAAUAUUUUCAAUUAUCUCACAAACCAGUCGUAAAAAGACUCGUGGAUGUUGUUGAUGAAAGAAUUAUUAUGUGUGCCUUCCAAUGUACUAGACGAUGAUUAAUGUUAAGCAAACUCGCAAUCCAAUUUGUAUUGAAGACUACUCCUACUCAAAUGAGUGCUUUAAUUUAAUUUUGAGGCUUGCGUGAAGUCAAUGCAAAGCAAGUCUUUUUAAAUCAAAGAAAAAUCGUUUUGUUCAAAACACAUGUAUUACAUAAUAAAGUUUUAAUUUCUACUAAACUAAAA